GUAGUCAAGCAGUCAUCAAUGAUAAAAAUUUUCAACUUGUUUCAGAUUAGAUUUAAAACACUUGAAAACAUUUCAAUCUAGCAUCAAUGUAUUAAAACAAUAAAAAUGCAUGUAUUUUCAAAUAACUUCAUUCACUGAAUCAAUGUUAUUUGCUGCUUCAUCGUUCGUUUCUCAAAACUAAAUUUCAAAAUGAAAUUAUUAUUAUUAUUAUUAUCAGUAAAUAUCUUCGCAACCGUUUAUUGCGAUUUGGUAAGUGUGAGAAUUCAAGAAGGCGUUCUCGUGGGCAAAACUUACACAUUAGAUAAUAAUCGAGAAGUUAAGGCGUUUCUUGGAGUACCUUAUGCUGAUCCUCCGACAGGAGAUUAUCGAUUUAAGGAUCCACAAAAAUUGACACCAUGGGGUGGAUUCAAAAUGGCAACGGACCAAGGCAAUGUUUGCUUACAAGUACCUUACACGCCAGGAGACCGCUAUAAUCCAAUCGGUGAUGAGGAUUGCUUGUACAUGAAUAUUUUUACACCAAAACUUCCAGAGUCCAACAAAAAUCGAAAACUGAUGAAUGUUUUUGUGUACAUACACGGAGGAGCAUUUUUGUUUGGAACAGGCAACGAAGCAUAUCCUGAUCACUUGAUGGCGAAUGAUGAUGUUGUAUUCGUCAGUAUGAAUCACAGACUCGGGGUUCUGGGAUAUUUCGCCACCAAUGACCCAGCAGCACCGGGUAAUUAUGGAUUCAAAGAUCAAGUCGAAGCUUUAAAAUGGGUUCAACGAAACAUUCAUCAUUUUGGUGGAAAUCCAGAUAAAGUCACCAUCUAUGGAUGCUCUUCAGGAGGCGCUAGUAUUCAGUAUCACAUGAUUUCUCCAUUAAGCAAAGGACUUUUUCAUAGGGCUAUUUCAUCCAGUGGCACAGUCCUACUACCAUGGGCAUUACCACCAAAUGUCGUUCAAAACUCGGUAGACCUGGCUGCAUCGUUGAACUGUGGAGGUGAAAGUAUUCAAGAUAUGAUGGAAUGUAUGAGAAACAAACCAGCCGAAGAAAUCGUGGAUAAAGGAUACAAUUACGGAGAAGAUGGUCAUUUGACAAAACUACCCUUUGGACCCGUGGUGGAACCUCAUCAUCCUGUAUCUUUCAUAUCAGAAAAUCCUCACGAAUUGUUGAAGGCAGGCAGAGUGAACGAAGUGCCUUGGAUGAUUGGUUUUGUUGAAAACGAAGGAUCAUUCAUAGCGUUAGAAAUAGCCACCAAUCAAACCUACAUAAAUGAUAUAAACGAACACUGGAACAAAUUAGCUCCGAAGAUAUUUUUAUACGAGUAUCACUCGAAAUCUGAGCAAGAUCGUUUGAGUUCUUUGAUACGGAAGAAGUACUUGAAAAACGAAUUGUUGACUAAGCAGAAUUCCAAGCGCAUAUUUGAGGCAGCUGGAGACCGACACGUUUGGUGUGGAUCAGCAGCAGCGACAAAAUUAUACUCUUCGGCUUCUCACAAGAACACAUUUUGUUAUAAAUUGUACUACAGAGGAGCUGAAAGCGUCUCAGACCUUUAUCCCAAUACGAAUAAAAAAAAUUACGGUGUCUGUCACGCUGAUGAUUUGACCUACAUUAUCAAAUACGCCGGUGGGAAAUCGAAGAACAAAAAUGAUUUAGACAUGACCAAGUUACUAAUUUCAAGUAUAACUGCUUUCAUGGAAAAUGGAAAUCCUAGCACUGCUGAAGUAGAAUGGAAUCCAGUUUCCAGAAAAGGAAACAAGUUGAACUGCUUGGUAAUAUAUUCCUAUACAUACCAACGAAUGGAAAACAUUGAAAAUCGAGAAAAUAAUCGUUUUUGGAAAGAACUGGAUGCCUGCGAAAGAUCACAAAGUACAUUCGUAGCGUUUAAAAUGAAGUUACUCUUGUUAGCUUGUGUUUUAACAUCAGUUCAUUGCUGUUCUCCUCGUGUGCGAAUAAAAGAAGGUGAGUUAGUCGGAACCACGUAUACUUUACCAAAUGAUCGAAAAGUAUACGCAUUUCUUGGGAUACCCUAUGCUGCUCCGCCAAUUGGAGAUAAUAGAUUCGAGGAUCCAAAACCACCGAAACCAUGGACUGGAUCGAGAAAAGCAAAAUCAGAGGGCAACACCUGCGUGCAAGUAUCGUACCAACCAGGAAAACAAAACAUUGAAGCGACUGGUGACGAGGACUGCCUUUUUUUGAACGUUUUCACCCCGAAACUUCCGGAGAAAGAUAAUAAGACUGAGUUUGAGCUGAUGAACGUUCUGGUCUAUUUUCAUGGAGGAGGAUUCAUGGUGGGAACUGGAAAUCACGCCUAUCCAGAUUAUAUUUUACAAGAUGAUGAUAUCGUUUACGUCAGUUUAAAUUACAGACUUGGAAUACUAGGUUUCUUUAGCGCUAAUCAUCCUUCAGCACCCGGGAAUUAUGGUUUAAAAGACCAAGUAGAAGCUUUACGAUGGGUCAAACGUAAUAUUCGUCCCUUCGGAGGAGAUCCCAACAAAGUAACCAUAUAUGGGAAUUCAGCAGGAGGAGCCAGCGUCCACUAUCACUUAUUCUCUCCAUUAAACAAAGACCAUUUCCAAAGUGCGAUUUCAUCUAGUGGUUUGGUUUCACUUCCUUGGUCAUUACCGACAUACACGGUGAAAAACUCGGAAAAAGUAGCUUUAGCAUUCAACUGCAGCCACGAAAACGUCGAAAUAAUGAUGAAAUGUUUGAAAAACAAACCUGCUAAAGAACUGACCGAGGAAGGAUCACCAAUUAAGAAUGGACUUGACAUAGACGGUCUGUUUUUCGGCCCAGUGAUCGAGCCUAAACAUCAUGGGGCAUUUUUAACCGAAAACCCUGUGCGUUUGUUGAAAGAAGGCAAAGUGAAGCAAGUACCAUUUUUGACCAGUCUAGUUGAGACUGAAGGAUCAGUUUUUGGAUUAGAAAUAGUGACCAAUGAUACAUUAAUGGAACAAUUGAAUGACCAUUGGGAUGAGAUGUUGCCUAAAUUAUUAUUCUACAGUCAUUUACGUUCAAAAUCUGAGCAAAAUCACAUCAGUUCCUCCAUAAAAGAGCAUUACUUGGGAGAUGAAAAUUUAUCUAAUCAAACUACCAGUGAAUUUUUACAAGCUUUAGGAGAUCGUUACUUUUACAACGGAGUUACUGCAAUCACCAAGUUACAUUCUUCAGCUUCAUAUGAAAAUACCUAUUGCUUCAAGUUUUAUUACAGAGGAACAGAAAGCGUGUCUGAUUUUUAUCCGAACAAUAAAGGAAAAAAUUACGGAGUUUGUCACAGCGACGACAUGAUUUACGUUUUAAAAUCCUACUAUGGAAAUAAAAAAAUAAGAAUGAUAAGGAUAUGUCAAAGUUGCUAUGUUCGAGCAUCAUCGCUUUCAUGAAACAAGGAAAUCCAAGCACUCAGAAAAUCCGAUGGGAACCGAUAUCUAGAAAUGGUACAAUGAAUUGCCUAGUAAUUUACUCAAAUACGUAUCAAAAGAUGGAGGAUAUUGAGAAUCGUGACAACGUACGUUUUUGGAAUGAUCUGCUGCCUCAAGAAGAUGAUCCACGAUGAGAAUUUCAGCAAUUCAACAAAUUUUGUCAAUUAAUAAUAAGUAAACUUAUUUUAAGAUUUUGCUUCAUUUACACUGGAUCAAUAA